CCCCGCGCAUGCGUACGCCCCGCUGCUUCCCGCUGCUCCCCACCCCGCUCACGCCCCGCGCGGGGUAGGCGGCGCGGCCCCCGCUUCUGGCCAUGGCCUCAGAGCGGCUCCCCAGCCGGCCCGCCUGCCUGCUCGUGGCCAGCGGCGCCGCGGAAGGUGUGUCUGCCACCUCCUUUCACCACUGCUUCACGCUGGCCAGCGGCGCCUUCAACCUGCAGGUGGCCACGCCGGGGGGGAAGCCCAUGGACUUCGUGGACGUGAGUGAGAGCAACGCGCGCUGGGUGCAGGACUUCCGCCUCAAGGCCUAUGCCAGCCCUGCCAAGCUGGAGUCCAUUGACGGUGCCCGCUACCAUGCCCUCCUGAUCCCGAGCUGCCCCGGGGCGCUGACCGACCUGCUCGGCAGCGGGUCCCUGGCCCGAAUCCUGCAGCAUUUCUGCUCCGCGAGCAAGCCCAUCUGUGCUGUUGGCCACGGGGUGGCCGCGCUCUGCUGUGCCACCAAGGACGACGGGUCCUGGGUGUUCCAGGGCUACAGCGUGACGGGGCCCUCCGUGUACGAGCUGGUGCGGGCGCCCGGCUUUGCCGCCCUGCCCCUGGUGGUGGAGGACUUUGUGAAGGAUGCGGGUGCCAACUUCAGUGCCAGUGAGCCAGACGCUGUGCACGUGGUGCUGGACCGCCACCUGGUCACUGGACAGAACACCCGCUCCACUGUCCCGGCCGUGCAGAACCUGCUCUUCCUGUGUGGCGCCCGCUGACUGUCACCACUACCCCCUUCUGGCCCAGGCAGUGUCAUGGGUGGAGGGACACUGGUCUCCUUCAGCCUGCCCCGGCCAAGCAGGUCAGCUGCAGCCAGGGCAGUGGACUGUUUUUCAUUCGGACCUCCUCGGGGAGGCGCCCGUGCUGCACCACGACUGUCCACAGGGAGUGCUCCCUGCCCAGGCGCUCUGCUCGCGGCUGCCCAGCCCGGCUCCAGCGUCGGGGGCAGCAACAGGUGCCACCGGGUGGUCCAGGGUUAGCCGCCUCAGGGCACACUGUGGAGUCCUGGAAUAAAGUGAGAAGGAAGCCCCA